ACAGCAGAAGGCGAGUUCGUAAUACUCGACAACAACUGCGAAGUCACUUCUCAGCGUCCACCGACGUUGUAAUAUUAAACAAUGUCCUCCUUAAGCGCUAUUAAGAUACCGAGCCGCCUUCCGUUGCUCCUGACCCACGAAGAAGUGCUCCUGCCGGGUUCCACCGUCCGUUUCAACGUGGACUCUCCUCGGAACAUGCACUUGAUCAAGCACCGCCUGCUGAAAGGGACUUCACUGAAGAGCACCAUAAUUGGUGUGAUCCCCAACACCAGAGACCCCCAGAAGGAAGCAGAAGACCUCCCCCCUCUGCACAAAAUUGGUACAGCUGGGAUCGCCGUGCAGGUCGUGGGCAGUAAUUGGCCAAAGCCCCACUAUACCCUCCUCAUCACGGGGUUGUGCCGGUUUAGCGUGUCAAGCCUGCUGACAGAACGACCCUUUGUGCUGGCAGAGGUGGAACAGUUGGAUAAACUGGAACAUUACACAACCUUGGCAGGGACAGUCAUAUCAGAAGAUGGAGAGUUGCAAGAGUUGUCCCAGCAAUUCUACCAGGCUGCGCUACAGUUGUUAGGUAUGUUGGACGUAUCUGUUCCAGUAGUGGCCAAAUUCAGGCGUCUGUUGGACAGCCUUCCAAAGGAAACUCUCCCGGAUGUUGUUGCAUCGAUGAUCCGCUCCUCAAACAAGGAGAAAUUGCAGGUCCUGGAUGCCGUUAGCUUGGAAGAGCGCUUUAAGAAAACACUGCCUAUGCUGACCAGACAAAUAGAAGGGCUCAAACUUCUGCAGAAAACUAGGAAAAUGAUGCCGAACCAGGAAAAGAAGGUGUUAACUGUGCGCAAAGGCGGGCCGUUUUCGGGCCGACAAUUUAAGCUAAACGAGGAGGAUGAGGACGAGGAUGAGGAUGACACAGCCUCCUUGGAGAGGAAGGUUCAUGGGGCCAACAUGCCUGAAGCAGCUCUUAGAGUUUGUUUAAAGGAGCUUAAGAGAUUGGUGAAGAUGCCACAGUCCAUGCCCGAGUACGCCGUUGUGAGAAACUACUUGGACUUAAUGGUCGAGCUUCCAUGGAGCAAAAGCACCAAAGAUUGCUUGGAUAUCCGAGCUGCCCGGACUUUACUGGACAAUGAUCAUUAUGCGAUGGACAAGCUGAAGAGACGCGUGUUGGAGUAUCUGGCUGUUCGGCAGCUCAAAGCCUCACUGAAGGGCCCCAUCCUUUGCUUUGUGGGACCACCAGGAGUUGGUAAAACCAGUGUGGGGCGCUCCAUCGCUAGGACUCUUGGUAGAGAGUUCCACCGCAUUGCUCUGGGCGGUGUUUGUGACCAAUCGGACAUCCGAGGACACAGACGUACAUAUGUAGGCAGCAUGCCGGGACGCAUCAUCAAUGGUUUAAAGACAGCGGGGGUCAAUAAUCCAGUCUUCCUUCUGGAUGAAGUGGACAAACUGGGCAAGAGCCUGCAAGGAGAUCCUGCAGCUGCGCUGCUGGAGGUGCUGGACCCGGAGCAGAACCACAGCUUCACAGACCAUUAUCUCAACGUGGCAUUUGAUCUCUCUCAAGUGCUCUUUAUUGCCACCGCCAACACUACAGCAUCCAUUCCCCCCGCCCUGCUGGACAGGAUGGAAGUGCUGCAGGUGCCUGGCUACACCCAGGAGAAGGUGGAGAUAGCUCACAGGCACCUGAUCCCAAACCAACUGGAGCAGCACGGAUUGACAGCUGAGCAAUUGCAUUUACCAGCGGACACAACCAAGGAGAUUAUAAGCAGGUACACACGUGAGGCGGGCGUGCGCUCCCUGGAGAGGAAGAUCGGAGCAAUCUGUCGUGCUGUGGCUGUUAAGAUCGCUGAAGGCCAAAGAGAUUCCAAAGGAGAGGAACUGUCCCCUGAGAGUCAAACACAGCAGGCAGAUCAGGCAGCGCCUCCAGAGAUGCCCAUCGUGAUCGACCACGUGGCCCUCAAAGACAUCCUGGGAGCUCCCAUCUUCGACAUGGAGGUGUCGGAGCGGCUCACCCUACCAGGUGUGGCUGUGGGCCUCGCCUGGACCCCUCUUGGCGGGGAGAUCAUGUUCGUGGAGGCCAGUCGAACGGAGGGUGAGGGUCAGCUGACACUCACGGGUCAGCUGGGAGAUGUCAUGAAAGAAUCUGCACAUCUGUCCAUCAGCUGGCUCAGAGCCAACGCUAAAACCUACCAGCUGACAAACAUGGUGGGGGGUACGGACCCUCUUGAAGGCACAGACAUCCAUCUCCACUUCCCUGCUGGUGCUGUCACCAAGGAUGGACCCUCUGCUGGCGUUACUAUAGUAACCUGCCUGGCCUCUCUGUUUUGUGGUCGACUGGUGCGGUCAGAUGUCGCUAUGACCGGAGAAAUCACACUCAGGGGACUGGUGCUUCCGGUGGGCGGGAUUAAAGACAAAGUCCUGGCGGCCCACAGGGCGGGCGUGAAGCGAGUCAUUCUCCCCAAACGCAACGAGAAGGAUCUAGACGAGCUGCCGGCAAACGUGCGGGCCGAUCUCGACUUUGUCACCGCUGCCAACCUGGACCAGGUUCUGAACGCCGCCUUCGACGGAGGCUUCCCAGGGGUGACCAGCCCGCACACGCUGACUCAGCUCAGUAGCAAGCUGUAACACAGCCACUAAUGAAUGACUUAGUCGAUUAGCCGAAUACUGCAAUGCCACACAGCAUAGCAAGUAUUUUAUAACUCUAAAUCUGACAAGAAUAAAUGCAGGACACGCAGAUGAAUAUCAAAGAUGGACCAAAGCGAAGAUUGUAUGUUUUUCUUUCACAUUGCAGAACUUGGUUGGAACAAAAUGAAGCGUUCAUUUCGAUCUAUGACGGAAAUUAAAGAUGUUUUCUUCAAGUG